AUGGAACCGACUGAGAAGGGGGCUGAGCGGCAGCAUAAGUGGACACAACUUGAGAGUUCAAUCCGAGCAGAGAAUAGAGCGGAUGACUACAAUCGAUGCAGAGAACUUUAUUUUAACAUUUUUUCAGAUGAAAUAAAGAUCAAACCAUUGGACUCUAACUCUAAAAAUAAAUCAGAAAAAUUGGAAUUUUAUUUCUGGUUCAAUGUUACUCGUUAUCUAGAAUAUUCGAAGAAACUGUACCCUCUCAAAUUCUUCGAUGCCAAAACGAUUCAUUUGUGAAACAUCAAACCUAAGAACAAGCAUAUUUUUAGAUUUCUGGAAUAUUCUUUCUCGGAUAAAGUAAAUUCUCUUCGAAUUGCUUCGAUGACUCCUCAGAAAAUCAAUAACUUCAAGCAUUUUAAGUCAAUAACAAGUCUCAGCUCAUUAGCUUUGAAGGAGGCUGAAUUUACCAAUUUAGUGCUUAAUAAUCCUCAGUUCAAGAGGUUGAUUGCAUCUUUCAGACAUGUGAAGUGGCUAAAUUUUAAUUCUUGCAAGCUUUCUAUCCUAACUCCUCCUGACUUAUCGAACUCUAUGAAGAACUCCAAGAUCGCCAGGUUAAGCUUUUUUAACUCAGGAGAUAAACAUAUGAGUGAUUGGAAGAAUAAUUUUGACGAAUUCAUUAAUUUGGUCAAAGGAAUAGGGUCAUCUCCAGAUUUGAUAAAGAGUCUUAAAGAAAUGGAUAUUGGAUCCUGAGGAAUUGAUAAUAUUGAAGCCAAGGAAAUCUUCAAACAGAAUGCAUUGAGCAAGGUUAAGAUUAAGCUUUAG